UGAAAGUGCACGGGGACUUUAUCUGUAUGUAUGCAUCUGUGUGUGUGAUUGUGUGUGUGUGUGUGUGUGUUGUUACUCUAAACAGAAAUCCAGCUUCCUCACUUCUCUGUUCUGUCUCCAUGUCAGUUGACUGACCGCGUUUGUUAGCGUUCACUACGACUCUGUCUCUCUCUCUCUCUCUGUCUCCGUGACAACAGGCUGUCACGAAGACGUUGCACCUGAAAGCAGGAAGAAGGAAGUGUAUGGUCCAGCCUACGCCACUCUGCAAGAAGUUCAGACAGGAGGCGCCUUGACAGCGAACGAGAGGCCGGAGAGAACCUGACAGACAGCUCAAAGGAGGAGAGGAAGAGGAAGGGAAAAUGAAAAAGUGACAAGCUGGAUUGUUGGUUUGAACGGUGGCAGACGAACCUACAGCGACACCGUGACCACACGUCCCAUCAUCCUAACAGGCCCCAGAUCUGAUUGGAUGGUUUUGUCAGAAUGACAGCCGAAGAUCCUGCUUCCUCCUCGACCAUGAGCAACAACGCUGCCACAUCCAAACCCCCCAAAGCCUCUGGUGCCUCCCACCACUCUCUCCAUGGACAGAUCUCUGUCCCUGAGGGUGUUGCAGGUGCUCCCAAUGAGGCUGCACUGGUUACUCUGAUGGAGCGCACUGGUUACACGAUGGUCCAGGAAAAUGGACAGCGUAAAUAUGGUCCUCCUCCUGGCUGGAAUGGCCAAUCUCCACCAAGAGGAUGUGAAAUCUUUGUGGGCAAGAUCCCCCGGGACGUUUAUGAGGAUGAGCUUGUCCCAGUUUUUGAGUCUGUUGGUCGCAUCUAUGAGAUGCGCCUGAUGAUGGACUUUGAUGGGAAAAACCGAGGGUACGCAUUUGUGAUGUACACAGAGAAACAUGAAGCCAAACGAGCCGUGCGAGAGCUCAACAACUAUGAGGUGCGGCCUGGACGGCUUCUGGGGGUCUGCUCCUCUGUGGACAACUGCCGUCUUUUCAUUGGGGGCAUCCCUAAGACCAAAAAGCGUGAGGAGAUCCUGGAGGAGGUCUCCAAGGUGACAGAGGGUGUACUAGAUGUUAUUGUUUAUGCCAGCGCUGCAGACAAGAUGAAGAACCGUGGCUUUGCCUUUGUAGAGUAUGAGUCGCACCGUGCAGCCGCAAUGGCCCGCAGGAAGUUGAUGCCUGGACGUAUUCAGCUGUGGGGCCACCAGAUCGCAGUGGACUGGGCUGAGCCAGAGAUCGAUGUGGACGAAGACGUGAUGGAAACAGUGAAGAUUCUUUACGUCAGGAAUCUUAUGAUGGAGACAAGCGAGGAGACGAUUAGACAGGUGUUUAGCCAGUGGAACCCUGGUUGUGUAGAGCGUGUGAAGAAAAUCCGUGACUACGCCUUCGUCCACUUUACCUCCCGGGACGAUGCUGUCCUUGCCAUGGACCACCUCAAUGGCACAGAAGUGGAAGGCUCCUGCAUUGAGGUGACGCUUGCCAAGCCUGUUGAUAAAGAGCAGUACUCACGCCAGAAGGCCUCUAAGGGGGCUUCAGCCACUCCAGAGCCUACUCAGCAGAAUUACGUCUACCAGUGUGAUCCCUACACAUUGGCCUACUACGGUUAUCCCUACAACACCCUCAUUGGACCGAACAGGGACUACUUUGUCAAAGGAUCCCCAAUGAUACAGAACAAUGCAGGUACUGUGCGAGGUCGUGGUCGUGCUGCUGCAGGUAACCGUACCCCUGGACCUCGGGGGUCGUACCUGGGGGGUUACUCUGCUGGUCGUGGCAUCUACAGCCGCUACCAUGAGGGCAAGAGCAAGCAGCCUGAAAAGCCCUAUGAGCUGAUGCCCAGUCUGGAGCUUGCUGCCUCCGUCAACCCAGUUGGCAUCAAACCUGGCACAAUGGCAUUGCAGACUCUGAGUGGGCAGUACCCAGUGUUCAGUGCGGCUCCCACAGCCAAGCUGAUGGAGGAGGGGAAGGUGCACACAGUGGAGCACCUUAUCAAUCCUCUGGCAAUGCAACAUCCUGAACACACCAGCAGUUCUGCUGGUGCUACCGUCCUCCCUGCCGUCUCUACUCCUCCGCCUUUUCAGGGUCGUCCAAUCACUCCUGUCUAUGCCAUGGCCCACAAUGUACAGCGCAUCCCAGCAGCUGGUGGUCUGUAUGGAGCUGGAUAUGUCCCCAUCACAAACUACGCUGCCAACACGGCAGCUCUGGCCGCUCUGCAGAAGAACGCAGCCGUGGCAGCUGCAGCAUAUGGAGGAGCAUACACCGGCUACGCUAUGCCACAGGCCUUCCCUGCAGCGGCCUUCCAGCUGCCUAUCCACGACGUCUACCAGACGUACUGAUUUUGAGAAUCAGACCACAUGAAACAAGAGCAUUAUUCUGCCUGUGACUGAGCAACCACUGCAACAUCUCAACAGCAUGAAAACAUCUCUCAAAAUCGUGAACCUCGCGCUCCAAAGGAAUGUUGUUAGAAACACUCACAGACAGUGAAACGAUGAUGAUCUGACAUCUCGUAUCUAUCCCACCUAUUGGCCUCUGUAUAUCUUGGACCCAACCAUAUGACAGACUUAAUUUUGCUAAAUUAGCACAGACACAGAAGAAAGACCCACUGAGGAAACAUACCUGCAUGUGGUGACAACCUUUUCCCAACAAUGAGCAUAACUCACAAAAACAACACAGUCACAACUCUCGCUAUCUCUGUCUCUGACCCCCGCCACCUUGUUGCUAUGGCAACAAGAACAUUGAAGGUACAUUAAAGUAUUUAUGAAGAGAGGAUGAAUAUUUAAGGUUGUAUACUCUAGGUUUCUCUGUGUAUUUUUAGAUAAAAAUUAGGCAAGACAGUCUGUGUUUAAUAUUUUUUAAAGUGUAAAACAUGGGGGGAAAAAAAGAAAAGUUAAUUGAAAGGAACAGGAACUACUGACAUGAGCUGAAACCACUGAAGCCAACAGUUUUGCAUAUAGCCUACUAAUGUCUUUUAGGUUUUUUUUCUCAUUAUUAUUUAGUGUUUAAGUCAAUUCUACAUGCUGUAGGUGAUGCUGUCCGUCCAUGCUGGUUGAAUGUGUAUGCUUCAAACAUGUCUAUUUGGUACUUUUUUGGUUUAUUUAGUUUUAUUUGUAUUGUCUGUUAAAUGAAGGUUCUGUUGUGUUGUGUUUAUUUGCAUAUAAUUACGUUGCUGGUUCCUAUGUCUCUCCUUUAACCUUUUUUUGUCAUACACAUGUUCUUGGAGAAACGUUCCCAGCUAAAUAAUAUUUUUGUGACAGAUUGCUUGGGGAACGAGUAAUGCGAGAAAGAAAACUGGAAAGCUUUUUUCAAUGAUGUGCGACUUGUUUUUAUCUGCCAGCCUGAUAAAUGGUGACAUCGUGUUCAUGGUGAUGUUUUCCAUCCAGGGGAACUGCGCUGACAGCGGUCUAAGACUGAAUAGAUAUUAGUUGUUGUUUUUUUCUCUCUUUAUGUAUGUCUUAUAUUCCAUUUUGAAUUAUUUGAGUCUUGAAAGGUGAACAAAUAUGGACAGAAAUGAGAGACAUUUUUCUAUAUGGACUGGAGCGCUCCUGCAUUUGCUAAUGCUAACCAAAAACCUAAUGCUACAUACACUCCAGUCUCAUGACAUUAGAAAGAUGCCUCAAUACGGUGCCUUACAUCUGCAUACUGUAAGUGCUACUCUGGGCUUUAUAUCUUUCACUGUGCCUUUCGUAACAAAGCUACGUCCGUGUGGUCAAAGAGGAAAGACGUCCAUCUGUGCGUGGCACUGGAGUCUUAUCCAUUCAUUUUUCCAAUGAACCAGAUUUGUGGUAUUACUGUAUUGUAGUGAGACGAGUAGGUUUCAGUCUCUGCAGUCAGAUGUAACAAGGCUACCUCUCUCCUGUAGUCUCUUCUCUGAAUGUCCUGCAGUAACACUCCAUAUGUCUAUAUCCUCUUUAUUUCUUGUCCUCCAAACUGUGCUUGACCAAGGUGCACUUAAACAUAUUUAUAAAGAGCAAGAGUUUGCCACUUUCGGAUGAAGAUAUAUUAAAUUUUGAGCACAAAGUCAUUUCUGAACUGGGCUACUUGGCAUUUUCUUGUCUGUCUAUGUGUCUGGCAGAGUGUUCCCUCCCUGAUGAAGUAUAAAAUAACACUUAUGAAUGUGUAGUAGGCACUUUUUGAAACUCUGCAGUGUGUCGUAAACAAGUGUAAUAUUGAACUGGGAAUAACUGGAGCAAUACCUCAUGCUGAAAUGUGCAAGAUGCCACGCAAUAUACUACAACUCACAAACUUAACGGAUGCAAGCAGCUGCUGAUCAUGAAGUCAUGCAACAGAACUGACAUCUUGAUGUAUAAACAUGCAAAUCAUUUGUAUGCGGGUUUGCAUUUGUUAACUUCAUUUACAGUUACUUGUUCUAAAUUUUACACUCCAAACAUUUUUGUUCCCUGUGUUUGAGGUUUUUUUUAUCUGCUCAUUUUCUAUUAUCUCAUUAGAUGUUCAAUUACAUUAUACACACCAAACAUAAAAAGGAGUUUGACUCUGAGGAUUGCCUGAGUUUUGACAUGCUGUUAAGCUAAAUGAAGAGACACAACACAACAUGUUUGCCUUAUCUCACCACAUUUUCUUUUUGCUACUUCUUUUUUCUCUUAAACUGGACUUAGAAAACAAACAGGCAACAACUGCUUUUUAUUAUUUUCUUGUAUGAUGACAAUAAGUCAGGAUAUAUUUAAUAUAUGCAUUACCUAUAUUGUGUAUGAAGUGAGAAGAAAAGGUAUAAUAUAUUCUAAAACAUAUUUCUUUUCAUUAUUUACACCUUGUUUAGGGAUAUAAAAAAAAAAGUCAGAGUAACAAAAGUAGAAAAAAAAACAUUUUUUUGCCAAAGUGUCCAAUAGUUUUUAAACAUUCAAGGUUAUUGUGUUUUUGUUAUUUGUAAUGUUAUUUUUUUGUUGCAAUUUUUAACUGGAUUUGGUGUUAUGAGUGGGAGGCAUUCACUUUCUGCUACAUGUUAUCAGUUUCAACAGCCAAAACUGUUCAAACCAUCAGAUCUUUAAGCUGCAACUGCACUUAAACAAAUGGACGCAGUUUGUGAAUUCUGCCUAAACUACUAAAGGUUUAAGCAUCUAACAGCCAUUGAAACAUCUUCAUGUGUUUGACACAUGACCAGCUGUCAUUUUAUGGCUCUGUCUCCCACUCAAAACACUUGCUUUACUUUCUAUUGCCUGCAUUUCACCCACACUACAUGAGCAGGACUACCUCUUCCUGCUCCGUGUUUCAGUGGUGUGUUGAGUGAUGUGCCUAGUUUAAUAUAGGUGUUACCAUUUAAACUCUUCCUAGUGUGUGCCUUAUUGCCAAGAUGUGCCCUGUGCUGUAUAUCUUUGUAGACCUGCGGACUGUUUUCUAUCAGAAGAAAAAAAAAAAAGCAAAAAAAAAAGCUUAUUUGGCAUUGUUAUAUUUAUAGUGAUAAAAUAGAUAAAUAAAGCAUUUUCAAAAGCAUGUGAUGCUGCGUCAUUCUCUUUGUCCUUCUUC